AUGUCAUCCUCCUACGCCCCGCCUCCAGGCCCACCCCCACCCUCCGUCCCAGACGGCUGGAAAGCCCAAUACGACGACCGCUACAAAGCCUGCCAACCUCCGCGCCGCCCGGCCCCCCCACCAACAACCAACGACCUCCCACCCUACGAACAAAGCGGCCCGGCCGACCCAUCCGCCCUAGCAAGCGCAAACACAGACAAGAAGAGCGCAGCAAUGUCCUCAAAUAAUCCCUACAACCCCGCCAACGGCCCCCAAGGACCCCACGGCAGCACCAGUGCCAGCACGGACGACGACGCCCGCCUAGCCGCCAAACUCCAAGCCGAAGAAGACGCCCGCGGAACGCGCGGUGUCGGACCAGGCUCUUCAUCAGAUUAUUACAAUAAUAAUAACGCCCAGCCAUCCAACACACCCCCCUACGGCUCCCAACAAUUCCAACCCCAAUCCCAAUCCCAGUCCCCACUGCCCGAGAAGCGCAGCAAAGGCGGCUUCCUGAGUAAAUUAAUGGGCAAGGCAUCCGGCUCGGGCUCUAGCUCCCGACCAUACCCCCAGCAACAGCAGCAGCAGUACUACCCGCAGCAACAGCAGCAACAGCAGUACUACCCGCAGCAGCAACAGUACGGCGGAUACGCGCAAGGCCCGCCUAUGGGAUACGGCGGAUAUCCGCAGCAGGGAUAUCCUCAGCAGGGGUAUUAUCAGCAGCAGCCGCAGCGGCGGACUGGGGGUGGCAUGGGGACGGCCGGGGCGGCGGCUCUUGGUGUUGGUGGUGGGUUGUUGGGUGGGAUGUUGAUUGCGGACGCGAUUGAUGAUCAUGAGGAUCAUGAGAAUUAUGAUAAUGGGGGUUAUGAUGAUGGUGGUGGUGGGGAUUUUGGAGGUGGUGAUGAUUUUUAG